AUGUCGGAAGCUAUCGAAGGAACUGGUGGUUCAUGGAGGUCAGACUGGGACAACAUGACUCAAGUGGAGGGAGAGAUGAGACCAAGAGAGGCUAUAUCUAUGGAACUGUUUUUUGCAUCGAUGGAGAAGGACCCCAGACGAGUGUAUCAAGAGAUUUCUGGCCUUAUGCAUGGAGCUAGGAACCACAUAGGAAGACUCCAAUUGGAGCGAGACAAUCAGCAAAGACAAAUGAAUGAUUUGGACCAGCAGGUGGACAGUCUGAUAGAGGAACGGAACGCCCUACAGCAGACUGUGAACUCCUUGGCCUCACAAAUCAGACUGGUGGACACACAGCGGGUGCAACGAUCGGCAAAGCUUGAUGAUCCCAAGCACCUCACUGAUGGGAAAGAACCAAUAUUUGAGAACUGGCUCUCAAGAAUGAAACGCAAGCUGGCUGUCAAUGCUACCACUUUCCAACGGAUGAAAGCUGUAUCGCCUAUAUUGAAAACUGAACAGAUGUUUGAAACAGCAAAGGAAGUGUUUGUGUACCUUCAUGGAAUAUAUGAGGAUGUCAACAAGCUGGAGAAUGCAAAGAUGGAGUACCAACGGCUGGUAAUGAGAAAUGGAGAUGACUACCACAUAUUUGCAACCAAGUUCUUGCAUUUGGCUGGGGUAGCUCAAUUUCAAAAUGAAGAUUAUAAAGCAGACUUCCUCCAUAAGCUCUCCUUUGACCUGCAACGCAUGGUUGCAGCAGCCUGUGCCAAUUGCAUCACCUUUCGUGAGGUUCGGGAUAUCUGCGCCCGGACUGCUCACUAUCUCAAGAGCAUGCCCAGCUCAAACAACCGACGACCGCAAAAUACUGGGAAUCCACUUUGCCAUUCUGCAAGAGGUGGGGGUAAGACGUUAUACGAUGAAGAUAACCUACCUACCGAAGGAUGCGCAAGAUACUGGAUAGGGAUUGCGGACAACGCCACCCGUUUUAGGUGGAUUAUCCUGAUUGCCACGCCACGCCGGCGCUUAUGA